CGCGCCAGACUCGGCCCCGCCGUCCGGCUGCCCGCUUCCUGCGGCUCGUCACCUCCCGGGUCCCAGCCUUCACGGGCCGGGGCCGCCGCCGCCGCCGCAGGACGGGGAGGCGGGCCAUGGCGUCCUGCGUGGGGAGCCGGACCCUGAGCAAAGAUGAUGUGAACUACAAGAUGCAUUUCCGGAUGAUCAACGAGCAGCAAGUGGAGGACAUCACCAUCGACUUCUUCUACCGGCCUCACACCAUCACCCUGCUCAGCUUCACCAUCGUCAGCCUCAUGUACUUCGCCUUCACCCGGGAUGACUCUGUCCCAGAAGACAACAUCUGGAGGGGUAUCCUUUCUGUUGUUUUCUUCUUUCUUAUCAUCAGUGUGUUAGCUUUUCCCAAUGGUCCAUUUACUCGACCUCAUCCAGCCUUGUGGCGAAUGGUUUUCGGACUCAGUGUGCUCUACUUCCUGUUCCUGGUAUUUCUCCUCUUCCUGAACUUUGAUCAGGUUAAAUCCCUAAUGUACUGGCUAGAUCCAAAUCUCCGGUACGCCACGAGGGAAGCAGAUGUCAUGGAGUAUGCUGUGAACUGCCAUGUUAUCACCUGGGAGAGGAUUAUCAGCCAUUUUGAUAUAUUUGCAUUUGGACAUUUCUGGGGCUGGGCUAUGAAAGCCUUGUUGAUCCGUAGUUAUGGCCUCUGCUGGACAAUCAGUAUUACCUGGGAGCUAACUGAGCUCUUCUUCAUGCACCUUCUGCCCAAUUUCGCUGAGUGCUGGUGGGACCAAGUCAUCCUGGACAUCCUGCUGUGCAACGGCGGUGGCAUCUGGUUGGGCAUGGUCGUUUGCCGCUUUUUAGAGAUGAGGACCUACCACUGGGCCAGCUUCAAAGACAUCCACACCACCACUGGUAAAAUCAAAAGAGCUGUGCUCCAGUUUACUCCUGCUAGUUGGACCUACGUUCGAUGGUUUGACCCCAAAUCUUCAUUUCAGAGAGUGGCUGGAAUAUACCUUUUCAUGAUCAUCUGGCAGCUAACUGAGUUGAAUACCUUCUUCUUGAAACAUAUCUUUGUGUUCCAAGCCAGUCAUCCAUUAAGUUGGUGUAGAAUUCUCUUUAUUGGUGGCAUCACGGCUCCCACAGUGAGGCAGUACUAUGCUUACCUCACUGACACACAGUGCAAACGCGUAGGAACACAGUGCUGGGUGUUUGGGGUCAUUGGUUUCCUGGAAGCUAUUGUGUGCAUAAAAUUUGGACAAGAUCUCUUCUCUAAGACCCAAAUACUCUAUGUUGUGCUUUGGCUUCUUUGUGUGUGUGGUCCCUGAUGCAUAGGACUCACUCGGCAAAUACAUGGAGAAUAAAGGAAUGAGUUCAAGAGGCAGAGACCAGGAGACAGACGUACAGGCAGGCUGAGAGACAGGCAUGUAUGAAAACAUGCAGCUUUGCCCAUGCCCAGCUUCUCAGGAAGACGGCAAGCUGUUUGGGGAACGAGAGUGAGGAGAGUGAGGGGGGGAGGGGACAUGACAUCUGCUCAGGAAAGACCCUAUGUGUCUGUAGUUGGAGAUCCAGAGACAAUAAUUCAGUGGGAAGACACCUGUUCGCAGAGAAACGCUGCAUGGGUGGGAGAGUCCCGAGGGAGGAGAGGUGCUGUCUGAGGGGGUUGAGGAUCCCAGAAAGAAAUAACUGAGGCUUACCCAAGGGUGGUGGCGUGGAAGAUGCAGAGAGAGGGCUGGAUUUGAGAGCUGUUCAAGACGGUCAGCUCAACAGGACGCCAACCCCCCUUGUGAUAGUGUGAGUGACUCCACGGUUUCUAGUUUGUGCCACUGGGUGGCAGUGUUGGUGGUAGUAACAGAUUGGGGGAUAUCACAGAAGCCCGUUGAGUGAAAGGAGAUGAAUUGGGUUGGAGUGCUGGGAUUUGAGGGACCCUUAGAACUAAUAGCUGAAGGUGUCCCGUAUCGUGGGAAAUGCCAGUCUGUCCAGUAACACUGGAAAGACUUGGUCAGCAAUAGAGGUGAAAGAGUUGAGGGCCACUGGUGCACAGGGCAUGGUGGGAGCCGCUGGAUUCGGGUAGGGGAACACCGCAUGGGCAGGAGAAGCUGGCUGAGGAUGGUCUGUGGAGCAGCCACAUUUAAGAGGCCAGGCCUGAGAAACAGACUCAGGAGAGCAGGCCUUUGAAGAAGCAGAAUCCCCUAAUGAGCAUUAUCAGUGCCAUGGAGGGGGACCUGGCCCAAAAAGAGACCAUUGGCCGGGAUAAUUAGAUGUCUCCACUGCCCAUAUUCAUGGCCUUUACUAAACAUCAAGAUUGGAGUGAGGUGAACAUUAUUCAGUAGGAGAGUUAGGUUUGACCAUGCCUCCCUUACUCCUCAGAGAAACAAAGCCCCUAAUUAUUUCCCUUGCUUGGUAAGAGAAUAUCUCCAGACCUCGAGAUUAAUGCAGAAGCAGAGAUUCCCGCAUGCUGGUUAGCUAAGUUUCUCCUCCGCGGUUGUGUGAUCAGUCAUCGGCAAUUGGCAUGCUCAUUACUCUGACUGGAAGCCAGGGGAGAUCUUCCGCCCUCAUUGCCACCACACAUGACGCUGUCGUGUGCUGCCUUGGCUCUCAUCCCACAUAUUUUUCUUCUUUCUCUUUUUUUUUUUUCCUUCUCUUUCUUUAAACAAAAUCUGUACAAUUGCUAUUUUAAAUCCAGGCCCUGACAUUUUAAGUGGAUGCGUGCCUAGGUUUUCACAGGUGUGCUUGCGAACCCGUAAAUUACAAGCUUUUGUCUCCUGGGACAAGUGUGACCUGGGCCUCUAAGUACCCAGGUGAAGUGGUAAAUUUGGCAACCACAGCGGCCCCUUUGUGUGCCGAUUGUGAUGAUAAGCACCUGUCCCUCCUGACCUGCCAGUGUUUGCCUGCCUGCAAGCUGCAAAGCUCAUUCUGUCCUCGCAGGGACAGGGCUGGAGAAGGCAGAGCUCCGCACUCCUGCCCUCCAGUGGGCAGAAUCCGCAAUGACGGGCAGCCCUGCACUCACCGCCCCUUCGUCCUGUGGAGUAGCAGCUGCCUGCCAGCCUCCCCACCUCCAUCGCACCUGGAUGACUGCUCUGGGGAUGUGGGACCUGCCUCCCACGCUCCACUCCCUCAAACCUAGGACAGUCUGUUUUGCCCUUCGUAAAGGAGCAAACAUGUACAUAAGCUUACACACUGCAAAUGCUCUAGUCUUCCCCACUCUUUCCAUGCCAUGAAGAUGGUACCUUUAAUGGUGGUGUAUAUUAGAAAUCUGAGCAAGUACUACAAUAUGUUAAAGGGUAGGAGUUACUUUCACUUUACAAUCUUAAUGUAUUCAUUCAUUGCCUAA